AUGCCCGGCCUGCCCAGCCUGCUGCCGCCGCUGCUCGCCCUGCUCUGCCUGGGGGCGCGGGGGGCCGACCGCGACCCCGAGCGCGACCCCGAGCCCGACGAGCCGUGGUGCCCCUACAAGGUGGGCGCGGAUGGCGCGGAGGGGGCGCGGCUGUGCUUCCGCCCGCCGGCCCGCGGCUUCCAGUGCGCGGCCCGCGGGUGCCGCGCCCACCGCUCCGCGGGCGGCGCGCUGGUGGCCAACGUGCUGCGGAACGGCAGCGUGCUGCUGCAGUGGGGGCUGCGGCACUGGGGGCCGCCUCGCCCGCCCGCCGCCGCCGCCCUGCGCGGCUUCGCGCUCAACUGCUCCUGGGACGGCACCUACACGCGCUUCCCCUGCGACAGCGUGGAGCUGGGCGCCGCAUGUCGCGACUACCUGCUGCCCGAGGCGCACGGCAGCGUGCGGUACCGCCUGUGCCUGCGCCCGCGCUACGCCCCGCCGCGCCCCGCGCCGCCCGCGCAGUGCGUGGAGUUCCGCGUGGAGCCCGCGGCCAUGCGGGACAUCGUCGUGGCCAUGACGGCCGUGGGGGGAUCCAUCUGCGUGAUGCUCGUCUUCAUCUGCCUGCUCGUGGCCUACAUCACCGAGAACCUCAUGAGCCCCGCGCUGGCCCGCGCCGCCGCCGCGGCUCCGCGCCGCGCGUAA